CCAAACUUCUAACUCAUAAAUUUUUAAUGUUUUCAUUGCUGCAAUAGUGGUAGAAGUGCUAACCACCUAGUUUAUAUAGCAACAUUACUGUGGUUAAUGAAUAUAAUUAACAAAACAAGAGCUCCAAAAAUGGUGGAAAUGUUAAUUUUACCAUGAUUUUAACCACAAAAUUGUGCCAAAAGUGGGUGUGGUCAAAAUCGUGGUGCGCUUCGCACGCCAUUUUAACUUACAACCCCCCCCGCCCAUUUCCAAAAUCCUGGAUCUGUCCCUGUUUAAUCCUUUGUGUUUAUAUAGUCGGUUUCAGUUGAGUUUGAUAGGAAGUUUUCAUCAUCAAAACGUCACGUGUAGCCCCACCCACACGCGUGAAUAAAAUGGCUGAAACUACAAUGUGCUCUCUUUUUCUUCCUCUAACUCCAUGAGUCUCUUGUUUUGGGCGCUAUUUCCUCUACAUCUUACCUGCAGGAUCUUUUUUCUUGUUAUCACUUCAAAAAAGAGGCAAGAAAUGCAAGAUUACAAGGGAUUGAAUAAUCCCUUAGUCUGGGGUGUUCCUUUUGCUUUAUAUUAUUUUUAAACAAAUAAAACAUGAUUGUUAACAAAUGUAAUGAGAUGCAAAUUAUAUUCACGAGCAUAAUAUGCAAUGCAACAUCAUGGCGGCUUCUUUGAUGAAGACCGGAAGAAUCCGUUGAGAACCUUCCAGAGUACCCAGAGACUCCAAAAUCAAUUCAGAUAUGCGGAAGAACCCGUUAUGCAACCAUACCAAGUUUUAAGUUGCUAGCAUUAAUAACAAAAAAGUUAUAAGAAUGUUUCACCUGUCAAACUCAACUGAAACCGACUAUACCUACUACAGAAAGCAUUUGGUAAUUUCUGUAUAUUAUUUAUUUUUCCUCUAAUUUUAAUGACAUAUUAUUGCUAGUGACUUCUUUGUAAUUACAGUUAUUGGAAAUAGCAUUGAAGAAAUAGGAAAAAAAGUAAAGGAGUCAACAGCAUUCCUCACAAAGCUUAUGUCAGCCCUCAGAAAGCGCUAUUGCAUUAUGUUCUCAUCUGUUGAUGAUUCUAUGGAAGUAUUAAAAAGAGAUACCACACCAUUUGAUACUACUCCAUUUGAAGAAAUUGCAAAUGAGGUUGAUUGUUCUACAGCAGAACUUGUUGAGUUCAGCGAUAGCAUGAAAAGUAAAAGAGUUUGCAACAUUCCUUCAAGAAAGCUCCCGUGUUGUGCAACAGUUGAAACGCUCUCCAUAGCUAUGACAUGUGAUAGCAAAACCUGUGCCGAUACAGAUGUCAUUAUUUCCACAAUAUUUGGAGACCUUUUAAAAAAGGUGGUACGAUGUCAUGACAUUAAGAAUGAAGAAGGCAUAGUUUGCUAUUUUCCUCCUGUUUAUUCAACAUUACUGAUCGAUAGAAUAUUAAAAAAUUUUUCUUUUUUCAAAGAGAUGCAAAUAAAAACAAUCACUGUUGGAUUCUGUACAGUGUAUAAUGAAACCCUUUUUGAUAAGGCAUACGAAAAACUAAUCAGAAGAAUAGAUAUAUUAGAAGAAAGGAACUUGGAGCUGGAAAAGUCAAAGCAGACAUUAUUAGACAAAAUUAAAGAGCUUGAGGAAAAGAUUGAAGGUCAGUAA